AUGGCCUUAGAAAAAGUGCACCUAGGUGUUAUUCUGGGUGUGUCGGGCACAGCCGUGUUACUUCUCAUUGGACUGGUCAUUGUAUGCUGUUACUCUAGAAGAAGGCGAAAAGCUACAUUGAAGGCAAAAGAUCCAGAGAAUCAGAAGAUUCAAAAUGCUGAAAAAGACAAGAUUGAUGGAACUGUGGUCGAAGGUGGAGUAGAUAACCCUGUGAAAGGGGAGAUAACUGAAAUGUCCAAAUCAGUUGUAACUUCUAAAGAGCACAGUGAGGUCGGCACCAUGGUAAUCGUAGAGGACAGUGAAAACAUCGAUGAUUUGUAUGCUAAGGUGAACAAAACGAAGAAGCCUCAACACAGUGGUGAUGGACAGGAGAAAGAUACGGUGAACACCGAUACCCUGAAGAGCUCCGCACAUAAUGAGAGUGUGGGACAGGUUUCCGAUCAAACGGACGUGUCUAGGAACUCACCCGAUGGCGCCCCGGAUCCUUCGCUGAAGCGCUUAGAUGAAGAGCCUCACGUGAUGGUGGAAACACGCAAAAGCAGCCACGGCGAACAGCGUCAUGUAAGCAGCACCAGCACCGACGUGGUGUCAGUGGACGAGGACAUAACAAAGUUACAAGCAAAUGGACAAUAUUUAAAAGUCAACCACGAAAUUUCGUUUUCGUCCGAAGACGAACGGUCUUCCAACGUUUCCAAACCUUCUGUCGCGUUUGGGGAAACCCGCUUCAGCGAUGACUAUGACCGCCUUAGAUUCCAGACAACAAAAACAGCAACGUCACGUCCUCGCGCCGUGGAGCGAGAAUACGUAUAUGACAAGAACUUCUACAGCUCUGUCAAUCGCCACGAUACGUUCAUCAUACCACCAGAUUCGUCUGGCAUGGCUCGCGUCUUCGUCAAUUCUGACACGUCUACUGUGAGGCGUUUUGAGACAACCCAACAAAAUGCCCCUCAACGCUCCCGGGUCGUCGGUGAUCACGACGAGGUGUUCCUUGACCAGAGUUUCGACACUCUCACGGGAAUUUCAGGGCAUAAGACAAUGCCCCUAAAAUCCGCAAGGCAUGGAGACGUGACCAACCAAAUAGAGUGGACGAGGAAAGUUCACCAACAGCAACGCCACCACCCAACGCAUGAUCACAUGGGAAGAAGGUACAGGGUAGAUCUACGAGACAAUGUAUCCUCACAUACUGAUGGCGGUUACACUCUGUCAGAGUAUGUGAUUCCUCCCCCACGAUAUCGCUACACUUCCAUGUCCACCUUGGAAUCUGUGGGACGGGACAGAUCCCACUCCAUGGAUGAGCCCAUAUACUACAUCCCGUCACGUCGCAGUAGCAUGGCCAGUGGUGCUUACUCUGUUGUGGCGAGUACGUACUACCCCCGACGUCAUGUCCACAGACGCUACGUAACCCAAGGGAAAACCAAGAUACAUAAACCUCUAUCCAGGAUGGACUUGCAUCGGUUGAAGUAUAGGUCUUACAAAGGGAGUUUACCACCGUUCAAUGUCCCUUUGUAGGCUGAUGACAAUUGACCCCCGAAAACGCCAAACAUGCGUCCAGUGUUCCAAAAUCUAGCUUAUACACCUUGCAUGGAUUUAAUAAUUUCAUAUGAAGAGUUUUAAUAUUGACACUGAGAAGCUGAAUGCUUAGCGCCAUUUGAUAUGUUCAACGUCUUUCAACGUCUGUUCAUUUUCGAAACUUACGUUCUUAUCGCGGAAAGUAAAAAGGCCUGCUGGUUUGAGAUAAUGUGAGGCUCAGACCUCUGGUGAGGGAUGCAAAACAUGUGACAGUACAUGUCCUCUACCUAGUAUCAUUAUAACAAUACCACCUACGAUUAACCACCUUCACUGUUAUUGAAAUACCUGGUAAUGUCAUUCAAGAAGGUACAUGCUGCGGCCGUUCCAUCAGUUACAAGAUUUGAAUCCCUUUUUUCAAGGCUGGCGACCCCCGUUUGUAGUCUUGUAGUCUUGAAGUAAAUGCUAUUCACAAUGGACACAACAUUUACUCUCCGCAAUGCUGCCCCAGGCAAACAUAUGGAAAUUAAUAUCCGAGAAAAAUCCUCAUCGGCACAUUCUUACAUUUGUAAAGAGGGUAUUUUUCAGGGUAGAGUAUUCAAGAAUACUCACUUGUCAAUUUGUUUGAUCUAAUCGUACUACUUGGUCAGAUUUAUCAGAUCCUUUUUCUGUCGAUUAAGAUUUAACACGGAAAUCCAGAAAGUAAUUUUUUCCCAUUGUUGUUGUUGUCAUUCUUGUUGAACUUGUUCUUUUGAACAGGACAUACUCAUUUUUGGCCAGAUUUAAAAUUUAAAGUGCCAGAAGCUUGCUGAACAUAGCUACUGUUAUGAUAUGUAUCAAAACUAUAUAUUAUGCAUGCAGUGAAACCAUAUUAUAUUAUGCAGUAGAAUAUUUUAUUAUUGACAGAAUAAAAGUAUGGGCGGGUUCCGAGAAGGUUCCAGAAACCAAGCCUAGUUAAAAAUAAAAAUUUAAAAGAGAACUGAACAUUUUAAUUAUACGCAGACACUGUCAUAACCAAGCAUUUCAUGAGAGUAGUUUUUAUAUAAGAACCUGAUCCGAGAGUUUAAGGGAAAGGCACCAAAAUACAAAUAUGGUAUCAUCCAAUUCGAAAAAAAAAACGUUAGUAAAUCUUUUUUCAAACUUUUUUCGGUGCAAAUUAAUAGCAAAUAAGACAUGACACUUUAAGAUGGACAGUUGUGAUCAAUUUUUUUUAUUUGAGCGUCGGUGACGUUACGCCACUUGUAAGCAUCGAAGUGACAAUAAUGACACCAUGUAUUUGCGUACCCUAUCACUGAGUAACCAUGUAACGAAAUUAUCCUGACGUUUCGCCCAAUAUGGGGAUUACUGUCACCAUAUAUUUGCGUAUCCUAUCACUGAGUAAAUAUUUAACUAAUAAAAUAUGUAUGUUGAAUAUGCAUAUACAGUCAUUUUAAGUUUAUAUAAUGGCUGGUCACUGAAGCUCGCGUACAUACAUAUAUAUAUAUCGUAUAUCGUCCUUAAAAUGCAUGACUUAUUUUAUUUUCUCUUUUUUUUAAUAAAGAAAAAUGUUCCAAAAUAAUGAAAAAUCUUUCGAAUCGGAAUCCUGCCAUCUUUCAGGUGAUUUCAGCGUCCAGUUUCGCUGCCAUUUGCGUUCAAUAUUUACAUGGACAAGACAAAUGAUGAAGACAAACGCAUAUUUCCACAUAUUAUAUCUAUUUAUGGAUAAUCUUACUGUUAACUAUGUAUAUAUUACCGUUAGUUUCUUGUUUAACAUAUAGGUGCCUUAGGUUGAUCAUCAACAAGAUAACAGAAUUACAACGUAUCCGUUUUUUUCUGACCUUGGUUUUCUUCACAAAGAGAUAAAAUGCAUCCCACCUACAGUUUUCUUAGUUUAUUUCUCACAAGUGCUAUACUACUGGGAAUUAUAUCUAAAGUAUGACCGAAAUUAAAUUAUAUCAUGACAUAAAGAACACCAGGGAGUGCUAUAUUUUGUCACAGUUGGUACAAAUCUUUUAUAAGUAAUAAAUUUCAU